GGCUUCACGCGGGACCGGAAGUGGGAAGCCGGUAGUCAUGGCGCCUAUAAUUGGCGCCUCGUAUUAGCCGUGUUAACUUCAACACGUUUUUUAUACUGUUUUCCAUCAGUUUGUUUUUUCUCUUUGGCCUCAGCGGGAGACGCGGACAGAGUGAUGAAGCGCGGCCGGACGGAGCAGAUCCAGCACGCCGUGGCGCUGUACCUGAAGAGACGCCAGUAUGCCGACGUGGACGGUUCGCUGAAAGGGACCAAGUUGUCUCAAUCUACAGAGGAUAUGGCAGCGCACCUCAUGGUUCAGACAGAGUCCAGCUGCGGGAACGUGGUUUCUGCAGCUCCGUGCCAGUCAGACCCUCAGCAGUACGAGACUCAGUUCUCCAGGUUACGCAGCUUCCUGCUGGAGGCCGAGGUGCCAUUGGGCAGGGAGGCGAGCGCCAUACUUUUCCCUCUCUUUAUCUACUUGCACCUGGACAUGGCGCGCUGUGGCCUGAAGGGGGCGGUAGACUCCUUCUUCAGCCGCUUCCACUCCUCUUUCCAGCAGGAGGCCGAGCAGAGAGCCAUGGUGGAGCAUCUCAGAGGAAUCGUCACUCCGCAGGACGUGGCCUCCAACUCCAAACUGAGCUCUCUGUUGGAGCACAAGUACGUGGUGCAGCUGACCGAUGAGGCCUACACCUACUUAUUGCGCUACCUCCAGAGUGACGACAAUAGCGCCCUCUGCAGGGUGCUCAGCACACACCUACAGGUGGAAGUUUCUGCUGUGCGCCGCACCGACUACCAGCUCAACGGGACGGGGCUGACGACAGGAAACUCCACUUCCACUUCCUGUUCCAGCGGGUGGUUGGGCGUGGACGGGUCAGACGGGGCAGAGUCGGUGGAUGUCCCGGCAGGGUUACCGCCUCAGAAUGAGGCCGCCCUGGAGGCACUCCAGGACAGCAUCAGGCGGGUUCGCGAGGGUCCUCCGUCCCUCACCACCGUCUGCUUCUACGCCUUCGAAAACACUGAGCAGCUUCUGAAUGCUGCAGAGGUGUCGCCCGAUAGCCGCCUGCUGGCUGCUGCCUUCGACAGCUCUGCCCUCAAGCUGUGGAGCCUCCGAGCCCGAAAGCUGAAGGCAGGACCUUGUAGGGCCAACGUGUCUAAAAUACGCCUCGCCUGCGACCUUGUGGAGGAGGAGACGGAGGAGGAGGAGUCGGGCAGCGAGAUGAAGACCCUGCGCGGCCACAGCGGCCCCGUGUACGGCGCGACGUUCCUGCACGACUCCGCGGGUCUGCUCUCGUGCUCGGAGGACUGCACCGUGCGCUUUUGGGAGCUUCGCGGUUUCAGCAACGCUGCCGUAUACCGAGGACACGCCUACCCCGUGUGGGACAUCGCGGCGAGUCCGUGCGGCCUGUACUUCUGCACAGCGUCGCGCGACACCACGGCUCGUCUCUGGACUCCGGCCCGUGCUCACCCGCUGCGACUUUACGCCGGACACCUGGCCGACGUCGACUGCGUGCGCUUCCAUCCCAACUCCAGCUACAUCGCUACAGGCUCCACCGACAGGACCGUCCGUCUCUGGAGCACGCAACACGGGGGAUCAGUACGCCUGCUAACCGGACACCGGGGUCCCGUACUGGCCCUCGCCUUCUCACCUGAUGGCAGGUAUCUGGUGUCUGCAGGUGAGGACCAGCGGUUGCGUUUGUGGGACUUGGCAGCAGGUGGUGUCCUAAAGGAGCUGCGUGGACACACGGGUGCCAUCACCAGCCUGGCGUUCAGCCCGGACAGCUCCCUUAUUGCCUCAGCAGCUCUGGAUAACUCGGUGCGGGUCUGGGACGUACGGAACGCCGGGGGCGGGGGGGCGGUGCCUCCGGACGGCUCCAGCCCCGAGCUGGUCGGAGUUUACAUGGGCGAGACAAGCAGCGUCCUUAACGUCCAGUUCACCGCCUGCAAUCUGCUGCUGGUCACCGGGACAGCGCAGGAGAAACAGGAGCAGUGAGAGCGAGACCCGGACGAUCUCAGCCUUGCACUAAAUAGUCCCCACUCACGUCUCCAUGUUUAUCCGAUGGAGCGAUCGGUCUUUCCUUUAUCAGACUCAUGUUUCUUUCAAGCAGCUAUUUGUAACUUCUCAUUUGAAACUCUGAAUUUGUGUUGUUUCAGUUCCUGUUUUCUGAAAUUUUUCAAGCUAUUUUUUGUAUCGAUGUUAUAAUAUGUAUGUAUAUAUUAUUAUAGGAGCGCAUACGAAUUAGUUUAAAUCCUGCUCAGAGACAUUUGCUAAAUAGACGACACACAACGUCUCAGAAUAAAGAAUAAACUCUGCAGUUUACCCGUAA